UCCCUCCAGCUGUUUCUCUGGCUGAGCCCUGUCCCUGUCCCAUUCAGUCCUGACAGGGAGCGGGCUCAGGACAGGGGCAUCAGGAAGCCUCCUGGUGAGGGGGGAGAGCGCUGCAGGGGGCUGGGCUCUGGGGCUCUGAGGGCAUCUUCCACGGACUGACUGAAAGUACUGCUUCUGGGCAAAAGCCACUGCCAGAGGAAGCGUGUGACGCUCGUCUCCUGAACAGCUUGGAGCGGCCCGAAGCCACGGGAGCCCUCCGAAGACCAGAGGGAGACCAGCGAGGAGAAGAAGAAAAUGGAGGAUGGAUAUUACAAUGAUUCUGUCACCUAUGAUGAUGACUACCUGGAUGGUUUUGACUCCAUCAUGAUCUUGGAGGAGUCUUCUCCCCUGGAAGGCAGGAUAGCCAGGAUCUUCCUGGUGGUGAUCUAUACCAUCAUCUGCUUCCUUGGGAUCUUGGGCAACGGCUUGGUGAUAGUCAUUGCCACCUUCAAGAUGAAGAAGACGGUGAACACGGUCUGGUUCCUCAACCUGGCUGUGGCAGAUUUCCUGUUCAAUGUCUUCCUGCCCAUCCACAUAGUCUAUGCUGCCAUGGACUACCACUGGGUGUUUGGGACAGCCAUGUGCAAGAUUAGCAACUUCCUGCUCAUCCACAACAUGUACACCAGUGUCUUCCUGCUGACCAUUAUCAGCUUUGACCGCUGCAUCUCUGUGCUCCUUCCUGUCUGGUCCCAGAACCACCGCAGCGUCCGGCUGGCCUACGUGGCCUGCAUGGUUAUUUGGGUGCUGGCUUUCUUCUUGAGUUCCCCAUCCCUCAUCUUCCGGGACACAGCCAAUCUGGAUGGGAAAAUAUCCUGCUUCAACAACUUUAGCCUGUCCGCACCUGGGUCUUCCUCCUGGCCUGUUCACUUUCAACUGGACUCUGUGGGGCACAGCCGGCAGCUGGUGGUGACUCUCACCCGCUUUCUCUGCGGCUUCCUGGCCCCUGUCUUUGUCAUCACAGCCUGCUACCUCACCAUCGUCUGCAAGCUGCAGCGCAACCGCCUGGCAAAGAACAAGAAGCCCUUCAAGAUUAUUGUGACCAUCAUCAUCACGUUCUUCCUCUGCUGGUGCCCCUACCACACACUCUACCUUCUGGAGCUCUACCACAAGGCCAUACCUGGUGUUGUGUUCAGCCUGGGUUUGCCCCUUGCCACUGCCAUCGCCAUUGCCAACAGCUGCAUGAACCCCAUUCUGUAUGUUUUCAUGGGCCAGGACUUCAAGAAGUUCAAGGUGGCCUUCUUCUCCCGCUUGGUCAAUGCUCUGAGCGAGGACACUGGCCACUCCUCCUAUCCUAGCCACAGGAGCUUUACCAAGAUGUCCUCAAUGAAUGAGAAGUCCUCAAUGAAUGAAAAGGAGACCAGCAUGCUGUGAGUUUCCCUGAGAAGUCCUUAGUGGGCAAUCCCAACCCAGGGCUGCCCCAGGACACCCCAAGCCCAGUGUACUUUGCUUGGGGGGGGACCCUACUUCAAGCUGGGAAUCCAGCACAGGGAACCUCUUUCUCCAGUGGGGUGGUGGACAGAGCCUAUCAUGUCGCUCACAACCUUGGGCCUGCAAUCUGUGCUUGCUGGGAGAUGAACCUUGGCCGAUUUGAGACCAACAAAGAAUUCUCCAAUGCACUGCCAUGAACUGGGAUCAGCACAAGGCUGUGGGAUGAAGCUACCUACUUUGUACCCCAGAAGUGUCACACUCUGUGAGGUCCCUAAUGGGCACAGGAGAGGUCAAAGCAAAUCCAGUGUGAUACAGUUCACACUUCACCCCUUAUACCUGCAUCAGUAGUCAGCCAGAAAACUCCACUCUUCCAGCCAUUCCUCUGGGCUUAAGGAGUGUGAAAUGCAUAGCUACGUGGGACAGGAAGAUGACAUCAGCCCAUGAACUUUCAAGACCACGAACCUAAUGCUCAGAUGAGCUGGGAAGACAGAGACUAUGUGGGCUCUUUGUAAGAGCAAGACAAGGGGGUCCUGUAAAUAGGACUUGGGGCUUGGUGGGGGGGUCAGGAAUGGUAAAGGCAGAGCAAAGAUCCCCCAAAGGUCACGGACACGCAGCACCUCACCCCAGAACUUCACAGAGCAAUGGUGCUUUGGCCUUAGGUGCUAUAGGGCUAUGGGUGGUGCCAUACCCCUGCCCUAGCUCUGCUCCCAUCUGGUAAGGGUUACCUGGGGCAGCUGGACAGCGUCACUAGCAGUUGCCACCUGUCACAAGGUUUCUUCCUUCCUUCUCCAAUCCACUCAGCUCUGGCUGGAGGUGCUUAGAAUAAAACCUUCUUGGGGUGGGUGAGGAGGGGGCAGGGCUUUCACUUUUCUCCCUUUGCCUCCAAGGCUUGUUGGAGACUGGUCCGAAGCACAGCUUUGGGAAGCAGACUGGGAGCAUCUCCUGAGGGAGGGGGUGUCCCAGGGUGACCACAGCCUGGGGUCCGAUUCCUUCAACCAUGCUCCUGAGAUAAGACACCAAGCAUUCAUGUACGGCCCUGUGCCCUGGCUCUUCUCAUCUGAACCAGACACUUCCUGCUGCAGGGAAUGGCAUCGUCUAUUCACAAACGACAAAGCUGAGGCUCUAAGGCCCAAAGUAACUUACCUCUCAUCACACAUAGCGAAUCAGGGGCAGAACUUGUCUGGCUCCAGAGAUUUCAUUCUCUUAUUAAGAACUUAAUCUGUUGAGACCAUUCCAAACCAGAAUGACAGCCCACAUUUAUUUAGCACUUUCCAUGUAUUAUCUCAUUUAUUCCUCACAGCAACUCUAAGUUAGGUACAAGGAUUAUUUCCCUCUUACCUAUGAGGAAUCUGAGGCUCAGAGAGAUUAAGUAAUUUCCCCAAGGGCACCUAGCUAGUCUCUGCCAGAGGCUGGAUUGGGACUUCAGUUUGCCUGGCUCAAAUGAGGCUUCAGAGUCAGGAAGCAACUAGAGAGGGUGGAGUUUUAACUAUGACUAUUGAUUCUUCAGCAGAUGGGUGUGAACACCUUAAUGGCAUUUAAGCAGUUCUGCAAGUAGUUUUCAAAAUGAUCCAACAUAUACAGAAAAGGCAUUUGGCCUCCAGCUCCCUUGACGCCCAUGAACAUUGCUUCACCCCAGGGCUCCCAUUCUCAGAACCCUCUGAGGUCUCCAGGAAAGGGGGUUGGAGGCAGGCUUGGCAAGAGAGGCAGCCUCUGCGGGCCAGGGCCUUCUGGCCCCUAAGUGUCCACAUUCUGUUCUCUUCCAAGUUCCCUCGUUGCUAAGCCAAUUCUCCAACAGGAUGCAAGGAACAGAUGUAAUGUCCACCUCUCGCCGGGCCAGUCGCUGAGCUGCAGGCUGUUUGGAAUCACACUUCAUUAAAGGACAGACUGUUCCUUCCUUGUUGGGUCUUGAUAGUUAUGACAAGGCGGUUCUGAGCGGACACAGUCUGGGGACUUGAUUGCUUCAAGGAGUCUGUACUUGCUCCAUUUGAGAGCAAAGAUGGCCUGUAGUCCCACUAUCCCUUCCCUAGCUUUCAGAUGAAGCAACUGAAGCACAAGACAGCAUCACAUUUGUCCCAGGUCACAGAGUCAUCUGCGACUUGGAGAUGAUGGGGCUCCUCCUGGGCUUCCUGGCAGGCCAGGCCAGGAUGGGGAGCCAGGAAUUCGUGCUGUCAUCGGAAAAGCUGAUAAACAGGAGCACAAUUCAAGCCUGCUGUUUUCCUCCUCCCUCUUUCUGGCUGCUACACCAGUGUCCCUGUUCUGACUGCAGUUUACUGUCAAGUAUUAAAUGCAACCAUGACAUCCCCGUCA